AUGGCCGACAUCCAGGCUGCGCUCGAAGAGCAAUUCUCCCCACCCCUCGACUCGUCGCUCGUCGCCGCCAUUGCACACGAGCCCGGACAAACGCUCCAGAGCGCGCGCGAGCUCUGCGAGACGCUCGCAGCCGCCGCCAUCGAGCAGGAUCACCACCUCGGCCGAGCAGACGACGCUGCGCACAAAGAUACCAGCGCCUCGGCGGACACGAUACCCCUGGACCGAUCGCCGCAGGCACCGCAGCGCAAGAGCAAAGAUGCAUCACCCUUCCCCGCUGCAGGUAGAGGAACGUCGAAAGCGUCGAUGAGCUCGAGGCGACGUCACUUCGGUGGCCAGCUGACCUCAUCCUCACCGGUCGCCAGCCCGCUCAGCUCUUCGCCCAAGACGUCUUCCCUAGACACGGAUACGUUCCCGGACAGCAUCACAUCCCACGACUAUGGCGGAAACGAGACCGGCUCCACCACCCCCACAUCCACCAGCUCGGCUGCGCCAGAUGUCGAUUCCGUGCAGAGGCUGCUCGACGAGUGGCAGCUCAUCGACCAGAACAACCACGACCCGGACAACCUCCGCCUCACGGACGAGGAGAAUGACACCGAUACGGAGCUUGCUUCCAUCGCGCUCGAUCAAAAUGCCCUGCGGUCAAUCGAGCAAAAGGAGCUGAGGGAGGCCGAUCGCGUCGCUACGGCCGCUGGCGACGGGCGCAUCGAUCCGGCAGAGCUGGCCAAGGGCGAACAGUCUUUAUCUUCGCUGCCCGCCGACCAGCUGCCCGAGUCGAUCAGCGAGGAGGAGCGUUUCGACCCGCUCGUCUUCCUGCAGCACGCUUUUCCCUCCAGGACUCCGGCAUUCCUCAAGGAGACGCUCGACGACGCGAGAGGCAGCAUUCAGGACGUCAUCGACACGCUUAUGACCAUCGACCUGAUUGAGAGCGAGGAUGCGCGCCAGGCAGAGCUGGGCGCCGUCGAGCCUGCCUCCCUCGGCCAAGCGGGUAGCGCCCGGGAGAGAGCCAAAGGUCUCGACUACGAUGCACUCGCCAAGGGACUCGCCGCUCGCGAAGGCCUGGAUGCGAGCCUGAAGGGCAAGAAGCGCAAGGCUGCCAGGCGCCGGAUGCAAGAAGAGCAGCGCAGGGCGGCAGGGCAGGCAGGCAUGCUCACCGUCGGACUCGACAGCAGCAGGAGGUCCAAUGCAAAGCCAGCCAAGGUCAAGGUCAACCUGACCGACGUGCGGCACGGCGCACCCAUCCACGACCUCCCCGCGAAGCUCGCCCGCGCCCCGGCCAAGGCAAAGGCGGAGUCUGUCGCCGACCGCCCCGCUGUCCCGUUGACCGACGAGGAGCUCGCUGCCAAGCUGGCUGCCGAGGAAGAGGAGCUCGCCGCCGACCCGGACGACAACCAGCCCGUGCGGGACAAUGCCUGGCUGCUGACGUCGUCGGUGCUCUCCCAGCUCUCGACGCUGCUGGAUCUCGAAGCGACCAAAAUCACAUCGAUCUAUAAUGGCGCCUCGUUCAACCUCGCCCUCGCCUUUGCGCGAUGCGUCGAGUUUGCUGCAGACCGCUAUCAGACCCUGGACUCGCUCGACAAGGCCGGAGAAGCGCCCGCCGGUACGGCCAAGAGGAUGUGCGACGGAAUCGCCGGCAUCGCUGGCACCGACAGGGCGCAGGCAUCGAAGGCGUUCCGAGCGACGAGGGGACGUCAGGACGCGACGCUGGACCUCUUGCAGCUCGAGCAGGUCGUCCGUACCGCCACCGGCGACCAGGAGCUUGACGCGCUCGACCCGCUCGGCAAGCUAUCCCAUCCGGACUCGGACUUCACCGCCGAGGCGGUCGGGGCCAGGGGCGUUUCCGUCGAGGCUGGCGCGACGGCUGGCAAGUUCCGAGAGGCGUUCCCCACCCCCUCGCAGGCCGCUCGCUUCGGCCGGGGCCAGGACACAUCGACCGGUGCCACCGACAAGUACGCCCGGGCAGUGGGCAGAAAGGAACCCGGGCCGCCGACGGGUGCAGCCGCUGCUCUACGGUCCGGUGCCGCCAUUGCUGCCGUGCUUCCGGCCUCUGCAGCCUCUGUGGUGCGCGACCCGGACGUCGGCCUUUCGGAUAUCCCCAACGAGCGCCUCGGUCUGGCGCCCCACAUCAGCGCGCACGAUCCGCUGCGGAGGAUGACCGAGUACCGCCUGAUCGCGGACGAGUAUCGACAGCGGCGCGACGAGGCGCUGCGAAAGGCCGGCAACGCCUGGCGCUCCGGCAAGGGCGGCGUGCGCAUCGGCGGCAAAGGCGGCGAUGGCGGCAAGGGCGGCACGGCCUGGUACUACGCCGACGAGGCCAGGCGGCUGGAUGCCAAAUCGCGCGCGUGGAGCCUCAAGGCGGCCGAGGCGCUCGUCGAGGACCGUCGACGCGCCGGCGUCGGCGUGGUGCGGGGCGACGUCUCGAGCCAUCUCCGGGCCCCUGUCGGCGGCGGCGGAGGAUCUUCGGGAGGACAGUCCAACGCCUUCAACACCAUUGACCUGCACGGCGUGACGGUGCACGAGGCACUGUCGAUUGUGCGCGAGCAGGUGACGCGGUGGUAUGCGCGCCCGUCGACGUCGGGCCACCUCGCGCCGUUCAAGAUCAUCACGGGCGUCGGGCGACACAGCCCGCAUCAGAUUGCCGUGCUUCGUCCGGCGGUGGCCAAGAUGCUCGAGAGGGAAGGGUGGAGAUACGACGUGGACCAUUCGAGGGGUAUCAUUAUCGUUCGUGGCACCAAAUAG